AUGUCAGGACUGAAAACGGGACAGCAACAUGGCCAGAACCACAACGACUCGGAAGAGAUAGAUCACAUAUCAGCACCUAGAAACGGUUACGCCGCGUCCAAGUGGGCCAGCGAGCGCGUCUUCGAGCGCGCCGCGGCCGAGAUGGGCGUCCCGUCUACCAUAUACCGCUUUGUGCCUCCCUCGCUGAAUGGGUCUGCUCCGUCGAGUGCCAGGGACGAGGCCAAAGCAGUGCUCCUGGCCGAGCUAGGCCGUCUGGUCGGAGUGUCUGAGCAGAUGCCCGACAUGACUGGCUGGUCCGGCCAGGUCGACUUCAUGACGGCCCAGGGCGUCGCGAGCCGGCUAGAGGGCGCAAUCCUGAAGUCGAUUGACAAUGAGAUCGACGGUGUUGUGCGAUCCGAGAAGCGGGGCACGCGCUUCUGCCACUACGAGAGUCCCAUCUCGCUGCGCGCCGAGGAACUUCGUGCGACGCUCGAGGCGCACGACACAGGGGAGCUAGGGCGUAUGCCGCUGCUCAAGUGUUUUGGGCGCAUUAAGGCUCAUGGCUUUGCGUACCUACUUACAUCGCAGGAUAUGAAGGUGGAUACUGGUGGAGCGGGACAGAGUGUAGUUGAGUCUCGGAGGUGA